UCAUGGUGGGAAGUAAAGCCCAGGAUGCUGGUGUCCUCUCUGGAGCUUUCUCAGCUCCCGCAGGGCUGGCCAUCAUCAGCCAGCCACCUGCCCUGUACUCACAUCAGUAAUCUGGCUCCAGUCCCUGGAGUUUCCAAGCUCCACCUUCAGGUCCUCAUAGGAUUUGGCGUUCUGCACAGAAAGUAAAUAACAAGUUAGACCCAGUUCUCAGCAGAGGAGAUGGAAGAACUUUUUCCUUCAGGAGUUGAAAGAAGAAAACCUUCCAUUUUGAGGACCUGCCCUCUGCUUCUGUGUGCGACCAGUUCCGGAGAAUCCUGUGGAAGUCUGACUCCCUGUCCCUCAGGUAAGGACCACGUGUAUGACCCAUUUUGCUUAGAAUUCGGUGUCGGGAAGAUAUUUAUCUGUCCUUGAGAACUAACAUGUCUCAUUUCACCUGGCUUACGGAUCCACCAACACCGCCUCAGAGAAGUUUCUGCGAUGAUAGAAAUGUUCUUUUUCUGUGCUGUCCGAUAGGGCUACAGAGCACUUAGCUUGUGGCUAGUGAGCAACUGAAUGUUUAAUUUUGUUUAACUGCAGUUAAGUUUAAAUAGUACAGUUCUAACCAAUAAUGUCCAACAGCCUUCAGCUACAUUGGAUCCAUAAGGCAAGGCACUGAACUGAGCCUGGGUUUUUGAUAGCCUUCUUUCCUCUCCCUCACCAGGGGGGUUAAUGGUUUUAUGCAGCCUUACUUUUUAUUCUAGGCCCCCUCAGACCCCUUUACAAAUAUAUCACUGGUCAUCUAUCGCAGUAAACAGAAAAGCCUGGGAGUCUGCCCUGCCCUUGUGGUGUAUCACAAGCGGCCACCUGGAGGAGGAUGUGAAGGGCUAUAAGGAUCAGGGUGGGCUGGCCACUUACACUCCACUUGAAGGGAUCCCAAGCCAGGAACCAGCCUGUGAAGGUAGGGGGCUCGUAUCCCUGCUUCACCACAAUGAUGGGGGUCUCGGGGUCACGGCCGCUGGGGUGGGUCUUGAGGUAUUCCUGCACCGUGACAGCUGCGGCUUUCUUCUCGUCCUCAUUGGCACGCUUCCCGAUCCAGAAGAAGACCUGUGGAGAAUCCAGGGUUCAGGUGGUCCUUCCCAUCCUCCCUGGCCCACAGGGCUCUGCCUCGAUUCACCCAGGCUCCGAUGACCAACAGUGGCGCUAAGUGACCUUGGGCAGGCCCCGUCUGGUCUUGACUUUGCAUCUGGGAAAUGAAGAGGUUGGACAGAUGUCCUGUACUGGGAUAUUCUGCCAAUGUGUGACUCCCAGCCUCUCCAGAGCUAUAGACAUGCCACGUGGAAAAAAAAAAAAAUUGGACUUUGGGAAAAUACAUCCUGCCCUGCAGCCCCAUUGGGCACAUUCCUCUCUACCUGCCUCCUUCUUCCGUAGGCUCUUGUUGUUCAUAAUACUACUCCCAGGAAGAAUCUAUAAGGGAACCUGUCCAUUAAACCACUAUUUCUUGGCUUUGGAGAUGGAGAUGGUGGGAAGGGAGGUUCCCCAGGCCUCUGUCCUACCUGGUCCCAGACAUCUAGCAGGAACACAUCAUCCUCAUCCAAGUCAUCCUGAUUGAAGUCAGGGAUUUCCGUGGCCAGGAAACACCCGGUCUGGUUGGAACAUUCAAAGAGCCGGGGGGUGAUGGCCAGGGUUUCCUCCUGCAAUCUGCAGGAUGGAGAGAAAAUUGUGUUGCCAAGAAGAAGGCAGGGGGACAGAAGAAUAGAGGAUACAGAACUCUGGCAUGGAAAGCCUAACUUCUAGGAAAAUACUCUUUUUUUUUUUUUUCUGCUCACACAUAAAGUCCCCCCUCCUCCCAAGAGUCUAAGAGUGCUCCGAGGGAGAAAUCCCCACUGCCUUUCUAGGACAUCCAUUCCAGUGGCUCUUCUAUGGGCCCACUGGGAAAUUCUUUCUGCUGUCUUCCCUCCAUGCCCUCCUACGGCUACUGCAAUAUACGCCCUUUUGCUUCUGAACCGGGGAAUGGUGAAUCAUGGGUAUUCUUCAGAAAAACCAUUUGACAGAGUGUGUACAGCUGGGGCUUCUCAGCAUCCAGGUCCUGUGUCAGCGCUAAAGGUCAGGGCUCUGGCAUCUUCUUCCCAAAGGGCAAGCCUGCCCCUCUCAUUGAGUUGUUUCUUAUGGCUGUGAACUCCCUUUGCCACGAAGACACUCUCACCAGGCCCGAGGCACACCCACACAGACACUGCACUGCUCAAGAGGCUCUGAGGGUAUGGGCUGCCCUUGACUCAUCUUGUAGCCCUAGGGAUCUGGUAUACAGAGUCCUCAAUUCAUGCUUGCUGCAGGCUCUGGGCCAUGGGAUGGAGAUGCUGGGAGGCUCUCCAGCCUCAGAAGGUGAGCUAGAGGCAGAGGGACCCCGUAGUUACCUCUUGCUGCUGGCAUAGGGUGCCUUUCCACCCAGGGCCAUCCAGAAGUUGGCCGGCUCCUGUCCUUCCACCACCACUUGCUUGUCCGUCCGGGAGAUGAUGUCAGCAACCAUCUUGGCCAUCUCCCGCUCAUCCCCGCUACAGCCCUGGGGAAAGAGGGGUCAGCUGUGUUGGGGGAGACCAUCUCUAGUGUCACAUUCACUGGCACAGAGCUCCUGCAUCUGAGAGGGCUCUUCUGCCUGGAUCAGGAGCCCAUGUGCACCCCUCCUCUGUCUGACACUCCAAAGAAUGGCAGAGGGGACAGGAGUCUGCACAAUCCUUACAGGGCAGGAAAAGGAAUCCAAGAGGCUGAGAUAAAUGGAGAGGCAGCGACAGGCACAGGGAUAGUGAGAGAGAGCCUGGACACAAAGACAGACCAACACUGAGACAGCCAGGGGUAGCCAGAGACAAACAGAAUGAGAGAGACUGAGCCAGACAUAGAGGCAGAAAAUGUGAGGGUGGCCAGACCCAGAGCUGCAGGGGAAGGAGACCAACUAGGAAAUUAACAAGAAGGACCUACUCGGCCUGAGGCGGGGGGAUCCCGAAGACCCACUUGAAGACCAGGGGAGGCCACUAGGCCCUGCACGCACCUUCCCACACCACAGGUAGCAGCAGGACUGGGUCUUAAGGAUGAAGACGUCAUUGGAGUUGAGGGAGCUGGCCUGGGCUGGGACCUCAAAGGCCUUGGUGUUGUUGGCUCUGUUUCCCUGGACCUGGAACAGCUGUGUGGGGGCCACUGACUCCACUUUGUUGCCUCGGGAGGUGCCUCCCUGCAGGGUGUGGGGAGACGGCAGAGAGAAAGAGGUGGGAGCAACUUAGUAGAGACAAUGGAAGAUUCUCGAAGGGCACAGAAAAUAGCAAGAGAGGCUGGGGGCGGGGGUGGCGGUUGCCCGCCCCCAGGUCCUCUGAUGCACCAUCACCAGAGUAGCCUUUCCAAAACAUUGCUUGGGUCAUGGCACUCCGCUGCUCAGAAAAUCCUCAGUGGCUCCCCACUGCUUACAGACUAGAACCAGCUCCUCAUCCCAGCCUUUGAAGGCCCCACAUGACUCAGGCGCAAACUACCCUUCCAGACCCGCUCUGUUCUCUCCAAACCCUCCCAUGUAGCUCGCCAGGCUUCUCACUGUCCCAUGUGGGUCCCCUCCUCUGGGCCUUUGUCUUUGCUGUGCCUCCUGCCCUACAGUUUACCUCUGCUGAGCCCUUUUGCUCCGACCCUGAUGUCAAGGGCUCCUCCAAACCCCCUUUCUACCGUGAACUCCCUGCCUAUCCCAGAUUACUGUAUUCACACUCUCCUGUGAACUCAGCUUGAGUUUCUGGCAUUUAAGCACACAGGGCCUCGGGCUGUGAGUUCACUGCUCUCCUAACAGGACUGUAAACAGUAAUGCGCGGCCUUCUCCAGCCUUGGCCCUUUGCAGAGGGCCGCAGACUUCAUAGGUGCUCAACAAACAGGAGGUGUCUAUUCCGUUACGUUGGAAGGCACCAGUGCAGUUUGGACAGGCUCAUCAUUUGGGCUAAUCUAGGCACAAGAACUGCCUUUCUCAUGUAGAGGAUCCAGGGAGAUGGGUGGGCAGAGAAACAGCACUUGCACAUGUCACAUACUCAUUACGUAUUCUUAAAGUACUGGGUGGUUGUUUCUAUCACCAGUUCCACAUGGCUGAUGGGGCCUCAAACAGUCCUCCCCCAUGAAGACUGCCCUUCACCUCCAGGCCGGCCCCCCCCAGGUCCCCUCCCCCAUCUCCUGACGCCCACCCCACCGCAAAUGCGGGGACUGCCAGGUGCCUCAGGUCGGCAACCACACCUGGUAGACCACCAUUCGUCCCUUGAAGAUGGCCAUGAGGUGUGGUGGCUCCUUGCCCAUCGGGACCCGGAUCUGGACCGGUUCAUUGUUGUACUUCUGGUCCAGGAUGACGGCUUGAUAGGCAGAGGCUGCUAUUUCAUCCUUGCUGGCCUGGCUACCCUGGGGACGAGCACGACGGAAGGGGUGGGAUGAAGUCAGCUCCAAUUCUGACCCCGUCUCCGGCUGCAGCAACAACUCCAUCCCUGUUUCUCACCCGGCCCCAAACCCAACUGUCCUCCCCACCAAACCCUACCCUGGACACAGCCCAAACCCAAUCUGCCCCAGACCUCUUCUGGUCUCAUCCCCAUACCUUAUCCUUUCCCAGCAACCCCCUACCCAUAGUUCCCCUGCAACCCCGGCCUUAACCCCAGACCUCUUCUCCUUCUUACUGGGGGAAACAGCAUGGCUACCAUACCACUACCCCCAGCACCCAAGCGUCUCCCUGCUCACUCACAUCUGGACACAGAAGCCCAGAUGAAGGGAAUGUGCUGGAAGCCAUGGAAAUUGGAGGCUCUGAGAACCCAGAGAAGGGGAAAGGGUUGUAUAUGGGAGUACUCUGUGCCACUGGGAUCUCAUAGCCAAAGCAGUCCCAGGAUGGAAAACGGGUGAGUUCCCCAUCACCAGAGGUAUUCAACUCAAGGGUGAUGGCCACUUGGAAGGGGUAGAGCAGGGUGGGAGCUGAGCUGGCUGUGCUCUGGGCAGGGAGGGGUGGGGCCUGACCUGCCAGAUGUAGAGCAGGUAGUGCUGCUUCUCGCCAAUGAGGUAGGUGUAGAGCAACAGGUAGCAGUCACCCCCGUAGAAGUGGCCCAGCCACUUGGAAUCCACCGGCACCAGCUCUAGGUUCUCAAUGCGCCACACCUGGGGCCAGCACCAGGCCGGUGUGAGGUCCAGGACGGGCUCCGCCGCCCCCACCACCCACCCACCCCCAGCACCCACUUUCCACCCUCACCAUACCUGCACCUCCCCACUGCCAUCGUCUACCAUCUUCUUCUGGGCGGCCACCUGAGGUUGGAUGUGCAGGGACAUGGCAUCAAACUUCACCUGCUCCACUUUGGCUGGAGGGAGGGGGAAUCGUGACACCGGCCGUGACCAACUGAGAUCCCCAGGUCCUCCCAACAACCCCGAUAGCUAGAAUUCUUAGAUCCAUUUUACAGGUGAGGAAACCGAGGCCAGAGAGGUCACAGAGCCAGAGAGUGGCAGUUAUAAUGUGAAACCCUAUCUCCCACCCCUAACACUCCGGCUUCACCAGGGCCUCCCAGAGGAGCCAGGAGAGGGACAACACUUUUACCCUCCUGCAGGUGCCUGGCACUGAGCUUGCCUUCAGCAACUAUUGUCUGGUGAGAGACUGAAGCCGUCUGGUUUCCAGAGAGACUCGACCCCAUUCCAAAGGAGAGACAGGUGCUUCUCAGCUCCCCUUUUGUGACAGCUCCGAAGUUUACCCGUGUGCCUCAUGUCCCCACCCCAGUCAGGAGCCCAGAGCAGAGCCAGGGUAAAAGCGCGCACGGCAGAGGCAUGUCUGGGAAGGAGGACAGGAGGCAGGCGCAGACGCUCUUCCAGCCCCACCCUGCCUCGGGCGGGCCCUCACCCACGGAGCCCACAUUGUGGAUUUUGCCCAGGCCUGACGUCUGAUUAGGUAGCGUCCACUUCUGGAAGAGCUGCUGAAAGACAGCUGACUCGGCCCCAUCGUUCUGCACCUCCACCUGUGUGUUCGGGGGGUACUGCUUCGCUUUGAUAAAGUUCUGGGAAGAGAAAGCGGUGGCUGGGUCUGUGUCCCUCUCUGAACCCCCAUAGCCCUCCAACGCAAGUGACAGCCUGGCUCUAACCCCAACCAGACCCAACCACAAACCUACCCCAGGUCCCAAGCGCAAACUAGAACCCAACCCCAGUCCCAGUACUGACCCAAAACUAAGGCCUGCUCUGGCCUCAACCCCAAAACCAAAUGAGACCUCAGUUCUGACCCUGACCCCUAGCUGCCAUCUCCAACCUUGAGCCCAAUCCCCAUUCUCACUCUGACCCCGAGCCAGCUAGGGUUGUUGACUCCAACCCCAGUAAUGACCCCAAACUCUGACUUAGCCCCAGCCCCCUGCUGACCCAAUCCCCUCUUGUAAAAAGGUCAGCUUCCAUUUCUCCCUCCUUUCUCUGAACUGAGCUUGAGGUGGGAGCUCACAUCCUGAGGAGGCCCCCAGGUUGCCUGUUGGUGGGCCCCUGGUGGCAGGCAGCGACCCCCGCAGGGGGCUACAAAGCAGACCCUCAGCACCCCCAGCUGAGCUGGGCCCAGAGCUUUGGAGGCCUCUGCCUGGUGGGACGCCCAGUCUGAUCCCCCUUCUCUCUCCCUGCUAUAUCUGUUUCUCUCCCCUUCCCCCCGCUGAUCCCCAUGCCCACCAAUGCCUGAUUCAUGGCCCCCAUCUUCUCCUGGGUGUUGGAGUUCUUCCCCUUCCACACAUAGAUCUUCAGGCCCCCCUGGUCCAGGAUAUAACAGUCCUACAGGUGGGAGAGAAAGACCCAGGGUGGGAGCCUGAGGGUGCGGAAGGGGCUGGGCUACAGAGUCUCAGGCACAAAACUGACUCCUUCCCUCCAGGCCAGCCCCAGGCCCCCAGCGCUUCACCUGCUUGGGGGGAGAGCAGGCUGGGUGCAGGGGGACAGGCGGUGGGGCUGGGGGUCUCCAGACCCUCUCACCUCGUGACUGAGCAGGUUUUGGGUGAGUGGCCUCGUGGCAACUUCUGUAACCACCAGCUUUCCCUCUGAGUUAGACACGCUGCAGGACGAAGGGCACAGCAUAGACGAGCGGGGUUCUCACAGCUGUCACCCAGGUGCCCUGCCCCCAGGGAGCCCCCGCACCCACGAAGAGCCCAGCUGGACACUCACUGGUACAACUUGAGGGCGGCCUUGAGUGCCGGCUCCACCACCUUGUCAGGCACCGCGGCCUUCAGCUCCCUCCGCUGGCCCAGCACGUGGUUCAUGAUCUCCAUCAGCUUCGGGGUCUCCUUCUCGUUCUCCCCAUCCACCACACCCACGUAACUGCGCCCGCCCCGCUCCUGGUCUCGGAUCCCCUUGGCCAGGUUCAUGCCCUGCAGGGAGACCCCGGUGACCCAUGAAGGCUGGUGGGGGACAGGGCUGUGUCCACCAUCCCACACCAUGCUGGGAGAGCCCAGCCCACCCUGCCACGGCCCCAAGGGGUGAGGUGCCUGCCUGCCUUUACCCUGGUGACCAGGGGCAGGGGGGACCAGGCUUUUAAGGUACAUGUGAGGAAACCAAGUGAACCCCAUGGGGAAAGCAGGUUUCUCGUUGGCAAGAGGGGGUUUGGGGUGCGUUUGAAACUUGUGAUUUUACUUCAUAGUUUUGGACGAGAGCUGAGCCCUGGCUCUCAUAGCACUCGGUCUUUUUGCCCCAAAGCAAGCUCGCAUGUGCACCCAUGCACACGUGCACGCACGGCCUCACAUGUGCUCACACACACACGGAGACAACCGUCCUCACACGGAGACACACACACCCCCAGGGUGGACAGUCCACAUGUGCUCAUGCAGAGACACACACGUGCACACACUUCCUCAUGUGCCCACAUGUGCGAGCACACUCACACACACCCUGGCUCCCCCUCCUCAGCCCCAUGUCUGUGUACCUCUGGGUACCUGCAUUUCAGCCCCACGCCCCGGGCUUCUGCAGACUGCGGAGGCCGUAUUUCUGUCUCCAGCCCAGCUCCCUGCUGUCAUCUCACGUUAUCCACCACAGCCCCGUUUGAAGAUGCCCCAAACUGAACUUGAGCUCUUCCCCCAAUCUGUUGCUCCUGGUCUUGCUCAUUUCAGGCAACGGGACCCCAUCCACUCAAGCGCAACACCCCUCUCUCCUCAGCCCCAUCGCCACCCACAUAAUGUGUGUGGAUCCCCCCUUCCUGUCCAAGGGGCCAGGGCGCCUCCUCCCAUCCUCACCCAGAUGGCCACAGGGCGCCCUGCGUCCCCGCAGCCCCCCCACACCCCUUCUCCACUCAGAAGUCAGAAUGACCUUCGGUGGCCUCCUGGGCACCGAGAACAAAACCCGAGCCUCUUACUCAGCCUUCUGGUCGUGUAACAUGCCCUGCGAGUGAGACUUUCUCCAAGGUCUCUGUUCUCCAAACUCCCUGUAAUCCCCAUCUUGUGCUCUGGCUCUGCUGGCAGACCCCUCACCAGCCACUUUCUUCCGGCCCCACCCCACCUCCUCUCAGAAGUCUUUCCAGAACCCCCACCACCACCCCCACCCCUCACCUCUCAAUUACCCUCUUCCUGUCGGUCUCCCCCACUUGAUGGCCAGACCCAGGGCGGUGCUCUGCCCAUUUCCUUCACCACUGGCUCCCUGACGUUUGGCACAGGGUCUACCGCACAGCGGGGAUGUAUUAAACCUCAGUGGAUCAGCCAUGAGAACACACACACCCAUAUCCCAACAUGCAUGCCUCUCCACAUACACAAGGAGACUCAGAUCUACCUUCCAACACACCGUCCAGGGCAGUCAGCUGAGACCUGGAGACUGGGCUGGUUGGGGGGGCGGGGGGGGGCGGUACUGGCGACAGAGGUCUGGCGAGUUCAAUUGGUAGGAGAGGGGCAGGUGUGCAGGGGCAGGUGAGGGCAGGGUGGGAUGGGGAGCGGGGCGGUGCAUGGGCAGGGCUUACCCUGAGUCUUUCCAUGCAGUUACUCUCCGGCCCGUUCCACUGGAUGAUAAGCUUCCCCAGGUCCAGGAGAAAAACAUCCCCACGGUUGAAACUCUUCCAAGACACCUCCACCUGGAGCGCCAGAGGGCAGGUGUGGCCUCUACUCAGAUACUUUCCACAGUCCAUCAUGUCUUCCCCCCCCUCACCCCUCCUGGGCCUCUGCCCAGCACCCGGGGCGGGGGGUGGGGAGUGGAUAGGGAGGACAGGAGGCCACACGCUAGGGCCCUGGCUGAUGCCCACCUCUCCGGCCACCACGUUCCUCUUGCCCUUGACAUGCAGCAGCCGCUGGACCUGGUAGGAGUUGGUCUCUACUUGCUUCAUGCCAGAAGCCACGCCUCCCUUCUGGAUCCUGAGAAGAGAGGGAGCUGACCCAAGGGAGUGGGCUGGGAGGUGUAACAGAGCCCGGGUGCCCGCUGCCACUGGGGCCACCUGAGGGCUGGGCCUGGGACUAGGCUGAGGUGCGCGAGGUAUCUCAGGAGCCCACAGUUUGCACCCUAGAUGCCUCACUCACUGCCUCCCUGCCCUGCUGAGAGGCCCACUAAGAAGGGUGCGUGGUAAUGUGGAAAUGCAGAGGGACAGAACGGGACUCCGAGGACGGGGACCACAGUGGAGGGGAAGAGGAGAGAGGCUGUGGACUGAAUUGUGUCCUCUCCCAAACUCACGUAUGGAAGCCUUAACCCCACUGUGAUGGUAUUUGGAGAGGGGCCUUUGAGAGGUAGUAGAUUUUGAUACAGUUUAAUUUUGUUUAAUGCUUAUUUUUGAGAGAGAGAGAGAGAGAGAGGGAGGGAGAGCGCAAGUGGGGGAGGGCAGAGAGAGAGGGAGACACAGAAUCCAAAGCAGGCUCCAGGCUCCAACUUGUCAGCACAGAACCCGAUAGAGGGCUCGAACCCACGAGCCAUGAUAUCAUGACCUGAGCCGAAGUCAGAGGCUUAACGGACUGAGCCACCCAGGCGCCCCAUGGUACAGUUUAGAUGAGGUACUGAGGGUGGGGCCCCCGUGAUGAGGUUGGUGUCCUCAUAGGAAGACACACCAGAGAGCUUGCUCACUCUCUUCACCAUGCGAGGACAUAGUGAGGAGGUGGCUGUCUGCAAGCCAGGAAGCGGGCUCUCACCAGCAACCAAAUCAGCUGGCACCUUGAUCUUAGACUUCCCAACCUCCAGAACUGUGAGAACAUUAAUUUCUGUUGUUUAAAGCUACUCACUCUACGGUAUUUUGUUAGGGCAGCCCAAGGACACUAAGACAGGAGAGGUGGCAGCUCAAAUGCCAAAGGGGCGGACUGUUGCUAGAAGUGUGGGAAGAAGAGGAACAAGACCAAAGGGAGGGGUGGGGACUGUGGCUAACCGGAGAGCUUCUGGCCUAUCCCACUGGUCAGUAGCAACAUGGCUCUUGACCGUGUUUCCAUGGGAAAAACCCAAAGGCCAGAGCUUCAGACUUUUCAAGAAAAGCUAGAUACCUGGGUUUUCAGUGGGAAAGUCCUGCUUUAGAGAAUGGAGGAGCAGUUAUUUGCCCGUUGGCCAGAGGGAAGACUUGACCGUGAGGCGCUGGAAGGCCUCCUUUGGCACUGAGCUCUCCAGGACAUUCAAACAGGGAUUGAUUUACGAAAAUUCACGGUGCACCUAAUUGCCGAACGGCCCCUAGGGCAGCCAAAGACACUCAGAGGGAUGAAGACCAAGGACAGGGCGGCAGCAGAAAUGGGGGUGGGGAAGUGGAAAGAACGAAAAUCACCAAAAGCCCAUGGUGGGUCCCCCUCACAAGCUCCCCGACAGCCUCAGGCUCCCUCCCCAGCCCAGGCCCCACUCCCUGCCAGCAGUGCACCCCUCCAUACACGAGGCCCUGCUUGAAGUAGCCUCGGAAGGCCUCACUCUCGUUGCCCUGGAUCUCGCGGUGCUGGACGGCCCGGCCCUUGAGGAAGUCGUCCAUCUGUGUGGUGUAGAUGGCAGCCGCCCCUUGCUCAUCCUGGGACGAGGCCAGGCCGAUCCAGUAGUGGAUGUCAUAGGACAGACUGCUGCCCGUCUUGUGGAUCUAGGGAGAGGGGAGGUGCGGUGUGCCCGAGGCCCUGGGCUCCCACAGCCCUCUCCCCGCCUCCCUGCUUUGCAUGGUCUGUCACACACAAGGGGCCUGGGCCACAGGUGAGCUUGGUAUCCAGGAAGCGCACGGCACUGGUGGUCAGGAACCGUGAGUAAUGGCCCCAGCUCUGCCACAGACUCGCUGAGACAUCGGGCGAGUGGCUUUCCCUCUGGGUCUUGGAAAUAAGUGGGUUGCACAUAGCAGCAUUUUCCCAAGUGAUGUGUAUGGACCAUCACAGGUCUAUGAGGUGAUGAAUUGGGGUGUACAAAUGUACAUAGGAAAUGAUUAUGUAAAAAGUGUAUAGCUACUUUCUGCUUGUGACAUGGGACACCGCUUUCCACUUAUGGUACUGAUGUAGAGUUAUGUUUUCAAUCAAUAGAUUUAAAUUUCAAAAGCGAGUCAGUGUAAGGAAAGAUAAAAAUGCGUUAGUCGUACAGGAUGUGGCAAAAACCAAGGAGGCAAUAUGAAGGGGACUAUGGAUUCUGGAAAUGUGCACCUGAGGUCGGGUGAUGUCCCGCUGGCUCAGAGCGUCCCCAAGACUGUACAUUCAAAGACGUUCACCUUGGAGCUCAGUGACCAAGGGCAGGGAGAGCCUCUUAUAUCUCUGACCCUGCAGAGCUACCAAAGGCUGGGCACCUGGGCCCACCCAGUGAAUACUGUCUAGGGGUGAAGCCCGGCCAGCCCUCCUUAUUGCCCCCAGCCUCAGGUUUCCUCCCUAAUGCCACAGUGGGCUUUGCUGUCUGCUCAGGCCCCUCUGGCACCCGCCCGCACUCACAGCCAGGACUAUGUAGCAGUCACCAUCGAAGAAGCUGCCGAAGGUGCUGGAAGGAACAGGCACCAUCUUCAUGGCCUAGGGAGAGGAAGGAGCUCAGAAGGGCUGCCCCGGACCACCCAGAACCCCCAGCUGCCCCGCCUCCCUUGACCCCAGGGAGAUCUGGGAGAGGCGGAGAACCAGCAGGAGGAGGGCCUGAGGAAGUGGACCAGAAGAAGGGAUGUGACCAUGGGAGGAGGAAUAGGAGCAGGAGGAGGGUGGCCCUGGGGACAGGCAGCAGGGGCUCGCACAUCAGAGGGCAGGAUUUGAGGUCAGAGUAAUCUCAGGCUCCCUCCUUCCCUCCAUCCAUCCCAGCCUGCAGGCCCCCCGCCCCCCUUGCCCACACACACACCCAGGCAGGCCUCACCUCGAUCCUCCAUAUCUGCACCCCUGGGGUGGUGAUGUUGAGGGAGCCUUUGACUUGGGCGCUCAGUGUGGUCAUGGUGAGGAACCUAGGGGAGGGAGACGCGGGAACAAGGGUUGAGGAGCUGGGAGCGCCCUGGGUUUCAGGAGCUGCCCUUCCAGCGCAGCCCCAGAGAGCUCCCAACACCACCAGGAGGCCAGGGCUCAGGAACUUGGGGAGGGGAGGGGUUGGCGCUCCACCCUGGGCCCUGAAUGGCCAAGGGCCCAGCGUCCAGUCUUCCCACCCAACUCUGAUCUUGUCACUCUCUUGCUCAAACCCCUACCCUGACUCCCUAUUACCUACUGAAUAAAGCCCUCACUCUUUAGCUUUCCAUUCAAGGCCCUUUAUUUAGCCCCAAACAAUUUUUCUUAAGAAUUUUUUUUAUCAAAGCCAUGCUGACUGGAAAAAAUUCAUACGGACUUUAAAAAAAAAAAGGAAAGCAGGGGCACCUGGGUGACUCAGUCAGUUGAGCGUCCAGUUCUUGAUUUCGGCUUAGGUCAUGAUCCCAGAGUCUUGGGAUCAAUCUCCAUGUUGGGCUCCACGCUCAGCAGAGAGCCUGCUUAACAUUCACUCUCUCUCCCUCUGCCCUCUCUCCCCUGCUUGUGCUCUCUCUCUAAACUAAAAAUUAAAAAAAAAUUUUUUUUAACGUUUAUUUUUAUUCUUGAGAUUGAGAACACGAGCUGGGGAGGUGCAGAAAGAGAGGGAGACAGAGGAUCCAAAGCAGGCUCUGAGCUGACAGCAGAGAGCCCAAUGUGGGCUCACGAACUGUGAGAUCAUGACCUGAGCUGAACCCGAGUUUAACUGACUGAGCCACCAGGGCGCCCCCAAUUUUAAAAAAAUUUUUAAAAAGGAAAGCAAAGAAUAAAUGAGGGCCCAAAAGAGUAUGUACCCCAAGAAAAAACAGGUGUUCAAACAAAAACUGGAACUUGAAAUUCAUAGCAGCUCUACUCACAAUAACCAAAAGGUACAAACAGUCCAAAUGUCCAUCAACAAAAGGCGGUCUAUAUCCCCACGAUGGACUAUUAUUCAGCCAUGAAAAGGAAUGAAGGGCUCAUACACAUUGCAACACAAAUGACCCUUGAAUACAUUACGCUCGGUGAAAGGAACCACACACAAAAGGCCAUGUAUUGAUGAGUCCAUUUUUACGAACCAUCCAGAACCGGCCAAUCCAUACACAUAGCAAGUAGAGCAGUGGUUGUCAGGGGCUGGAGGGAGGGGUAAGGGGGGAUGCCUACUAGAGUUUCCAUCUGGAUGAUGAAAGAAUUCUGGAACUAGACCAUGGUGGUGGCUGGACAAUGUUGUGAAUGUACUGAAUGCCACUGACUUGUAUAAAGUGGUUAAAAUGGUAAAUCUUAUGUGUAUUUUACCACAAUAGAAAAAGUCUGUGCAGCGGCUUCCUGUUCCUUCCUGGCUCCCCCCAAACACCCCUCAGUCACUGUUCUGGUGGCGCCCAAGGAGAUCCCACAAGGAGAGGGACCAUGUUUGUUGGCUCAGUACUAAAUCCCCAGCGUCUAAAACCAUGUAGGCAUUUUGCUGAGUGAGUGGAUGGAUGGAUGGAUGGAUGCAUGGAUGGAUGGAUAGAUGGAUGGAUGGAUGGAUGGAUGGAUGGAUGGAUGAGUGAGUGAAUGACAGAGUGAACUCUCCAGUGUGAACCAGGCUCCAGCCACUGAACUGAAAGAAACCUCCCCUUGCCAAGCUUCUUUUAUGGCUCUUUCCAUUUUCACCAGUGGCUCUGUUCUCCACUCCAGCUGCUCAUCAGAAUCACCUAGGGAGCUUUUAAAUGCUACCAAUGCUUUGCUGCUCCUCAGGUGUAUCCCCAGGGAUUCUGAUUUAAUUAGGCUGGGUGCAGGCCCAGGCACGGGUACUUUAUUUUCUGACUUUUGGGAGCACAGCAUGGGUGCUUUUAAAACUUCCCAGAGAUUCUGAUAUGAGUGAGGGCAGAGAACGGCUUGCCCCCAGUGAUUCUCAUCCCUGGUUUCCUGCCUCUCCCUAUCAGGCUGGAGGCCACCCCCAUUCUCCACUGAGCCUACCACCCAGCCUGGCACAGAUUUGCCCUCCAGGAAUGCUCCUUGAACUGAUGAACAAUAAAUGAAAGGUCAUGUGGCUUAGAGGGUCAGGCCUCACAAGCUGUCAGCCUGAAACCUCGCUAUCUAAUCUCUCGUGGCACCUUGACUCUGAAUCACCUCUUGGAACAAUGACCUGGCAUUUUACUGUUGGGAAACUCCCUCUUCUGAGUCCUGAGGGGUGACCUCUCUCCCGGGCAUUCUGGAGUUUGGGGCAAGGUCUCCCUGCCCAGCCUCUGAUUAGCGGCCCUUUUGGCAGAUCAUGGCUAUGUCGGGUCACCUUCCAUGUGCCUUUAGGAGCCCAUUGUGCCUGGGCCCUGUCUGAUGCCCUGUUGGCCAUGGCCCCUUUGUGAGACAUUUCUCAACCCACAGAGACCCCAGGGCUCCCAGGACACCUGGGUCAGUAGGACCAGUUUUGGUACAAAGGAGAAAAAUGUUUUCUGUGUUAUUUCAUUUGCCACCUUGGCCUACAUCUUCCUUUCUCUGAGACAGACUCUUUGACACCCACUAGCUGUAUGAACAUGAGCCCUGUUUCUUCAUCUAUGAUGUGGGAGGCGGUCAAUUAGAUGACCUCUAGGGACAGGCUCUGAUUUUUAGGGGUGAGCAGCAAGAGGAUGGAGGGUAGACAGGAAGAGACACUUCCUGCCCAUCAGAUGAGUGGACAUUUGGGGGAGCAGGGACUUGAAAAGGCCAGCAUGCUCCUCCCCCUAGAUUUGGAACUUCCAGCAGCCUGAACUGGGGAGGGGGAACCUCCACGGGGCCAGGGAUUGGGGGGGAAAGGGGAUGGCCCUGAGAGGUGAACUCAUACUGAGAGGGUAUCCCCACAGAUACUGCCCUGCUCCUGCUCCUAUCCAUGUUGAUCAGAGCAGAUGCCUCUGCCCCACCCCCCAACCGUGGUGGGCUCUCCCCAGAGAGGCUGUCUCUCCCUUCCUGGUGGGAGGGAUGUGGGCUCCUCACUACCCAUGACAUGCACAGCAUGGCCCCAGGUCUGGAUGUGUGCCUCCUUCUCCCUCAACUUGAGUUCUCUGGCUGCCCCCCUCACUCCUGAUCCCCAGUAUUCUCUGCCCCCAAUUUGAGGAAGGGCACCAUUACUCCCAGACCCCAGAUACGGCUAUGUGUGCGACACCCUGGACCCCUCCCUCUCCUGCCCUUCUGUUCCACCGGAAUCUCUCUCUUAUCUGCCCCCUGCCACACCCCCCUCCCUCUCUGCUCACAGCUGCCUUCUAGUGAUGCCCUGCCCCCCAGGUGGCUUCUCCCCCUUCCCGCCAUGUCCUUGCGCUCCUGUUCUUCCCUUUACCCAAUGGCUUCCCCACCUGUCUUCACAAGGCUCACACUUAGAUGCUCCUCUAGACUCAGUUUAGGUCUCAUUUCUUCCAGGAGACCUUCCCAGAAUCCUCAGGCUAGACGAGGCCCUUCCUCGAGGGCACCAGAGCAUCCUGGACCUGUGCCUCUCUUGGCGCCCUGACCACAUGGCAAUGAAAGGAUCUGUUUAUAAAUCCCAGGUCUCCGAGGUCAAGGACCUAGACAGUUGGUCUGCGUAGCCCCCAUAGUAGAUGCUCAAUAAAUAUUCAUAAAACUUAAAGACGAAAUUGUGGGAUGGAAGGGGUGGACCAUGUUGGAGCCCUGGCGGGAGUUAGGGCUCCUGCUCCAUCCAGGUCCCACCUUUCAUUUUCUAAUUGCUGUCCUGUCCUCAGGGUUCCAGCUCCAGAGAGCUGCGGGGUGCUGUCAUCCCGGCUCUCAGUCCCCAGUCAUGCGGGUCUGAGCUGGACAGGGGUAUGGCAGUUCCUGAAACCCAGGACACCCUCCUGCUUCCCCAGGCCCAUGAGAGCAGGGAGAAAGGACACAACCCAGCAUCCAGCAUCCCAUCCUACAGACUCUGUCUCUCGAAGCCCUGAGAAUGUCUUUGCAGGCUUUUUGGGAAGGGGUGGUCAGUACAUCCCAAGACCCUGGUCUGGACUUGGCUCCCACUUCUUUUCCUCCCCAUUUCAGCUGAAUGGGGCCACAGUGGCUGGUAAGGCCAGAGGACUGGACCUGGGGACAGAAGGGCAUGCUAGGGUGGCCGGGGAGCAUGGACUGGGGCCAAAAGGGCCCUGCCUCACCAGCCCCCUGCCUCUCUCUGCCUUUGCCCAUUCAAUUCCUGAUGGCUGUUGCUCACACCCUAGGAUCCAGGAGCCCCGAGGCCCCAGGAGUGUCAGCGGGAAUGACCGCACAAAGAAAGAAACCAUUUCAUAUGAGGAACAAAUAUGCAAAGAGAUGGGGUGAGGUGCAGGAAGGGGGUGGCAGAAUGAGAUUAGGGCGACCAGCUGGUCCCAGUUUGCCCAGGAGUAUCCAAGUUUUAAAUCUAAAAGCCCAGUGUCUCCAGAAUCUCCCCAUUCAGGGCAAUCCGGGAUGGUUGACACUUGAAAUCAGGUGGGUGCUAACGGCAGGUACGAGUCUGAAAGAGCAGCUGCCUGGAGUGGAGCCUGUACAGUUCUUUCCUUGGAGGCCCAGGAAGCCACACUGGGCUCCCUGCUCUUUCCAGACGCUCCAGAGUGCCAAGCCUCUCCCUCACGUCCGCUCCAAGGUGCUACAGGAAGCCCCAGGCUGCCAGCAAGAAGCAGGGGCCCUUGUCCCGUCCUCUCCUGCACCUACCGUCCCGUCCGAGUGUGUCCGUCUGGUGUGUCCGGCAGGGUUGCCUUACCUGUCUGGGGGAGGCAGCUGCCACCUGGGAGGUCUCAGGGAGUUGUGGCAAGCUGGCUGCAGGAGAGCGACCUUUGUCCCCACCACCCCCCCCCCCCUUAGGAACUGCCUUCACCAUAUAAGGGAAGAUAGGGCCCCAGAGAGAGUGAGAAUGGGUGAGGGGGUGGGGACGCAGGUGCCCGCCAGGGACGCUGGUCCCUGGGAGCCAGCGGAGCCAGCGACAGCCUGACAGCAGGAGCCAAUGUGCCCCACCCCUGACACCCAGUGAGCACACUCCCAGGGAUAGGGUACAUUUCUGCCCAAGGACCAGGCCUUCACUGCAGGUGGACAGCACCAGCCAGGAAAGGCAGGGGAGACUGGACCCUUCCUCCUACCAACCCAGACGACGAGGCUCAGCUGUCCUCCCUCCUUCCCCGGGAGAAUGGCUCACAGGGCAGGGGGGCUGGGGGGGGGGGGACGGGGGGGGUUCACACUUGCGGCCCCUCCUGGACAGAUGGGCACCCUGGCACCCCUAGAGGUCUCUUUCACUGGGCAUGACACUUGCUUAGAGGGGGCACAGGUGCUCUCCCUAUCUGCCUCCCACCACCCGCCCUGUUUCAAGGGCACUGGCUCCACCUGGACUUUUUAUUAGCUGCCAUAAACCAGUGCCUUUGGACUCUGCUCUGCCACUUUCUCCCAGAUGCCAAAGGCUUCAAUUUCCGACCCCUGAUCCUAGGGGGCCCAUCUCCUUGAGGACUGGAAAGAAGCAUGGCCCUUUCGGUUGUGGGUCUUGCUCUGAAGUUGGCUUUGCCUGCAAACUCAGCACCUCGGGCGGCUGCACCCGAGCCUCCCGCCCCUGCGG